AAGAAACAAGUCCGAGUAACCACUUCGCGCGAAUUGAAGAGAUUGGUGAGCAGAGAAAGGAAGAUGCAGAAGCAGAAUGAAGAAGCUGAUGAAAACAAGAAGAGUUCGGUUGUGAUAAGAAUACCUUCUUAUCAAGAAGUGGUUGAAAGUUCGCAGGCGAGAUCCACUCCACCUUCUCUCUUCGUUCCCUCCCAAACCUUUUCUGAAGCUUUCGCCUUCGUCAAAUCCUCUGAGUUCUACUCUCCCCCCCCUCCGUCUCUCUCAAGGGAAACUGGUAAAUCGGACGCUCCAUCUUCAACGUCGACAUCAUCUGCUGCUGCUGCUUCUGCUUCUGCUUCUGCUUCGUCAACACUACCGUCCUCUCAAAUCACGCAAACUCGCAAUGCAAUUCUUGUGAGCCACAGACAGAAGGGAAAUCCCUUACUCAAACACAUUAGGAACGUUAGAUGGACAUUUGCUGAUAUUGUUUGUGAUUACUUGCUCGGUCAAAGCUCUUGUGCUCUUUAUAUCAGUCUUCGAUAUCAUCUGCUGCAUCCAGACUACUUAUAUUAUAGAAUAAGGGAGUUGCAGAAGAAUUUCAAGCUUCGUGUUGUUUUAUGCCAUGUUGAUGUGGAGGAUGUAAUAAAGCCUCUACUUGAAGUUACAAAAACAGCUUUGCUUCAUGACUGUACCCUCCUAUGUGGAUGGAGCCUGGAGGAAUGUGGCCGUUACUUGGAGACCAUAAAAGUCUAUGAAAACAAGCCUGCAGACAUUAUUCAAGGCCAAAUGGAUACAGACUAUCUAUCACGGCUAACACAUUCCCUUACAACAGUUCGGCAUGUUAACAAGACUGAUGUAGUCACCCUUGGUACCACAUUUGGGUCUCUCUCUCACAUUAUGGGUGCAUCCAUGGAAGAUCUAGCUCGUUGCCCUGGCAUAGGAGAGCGCAAGGUCAAGCGCUUGUUUGACACUUUUCAUGAACCCUUCAAGCGCAUGGAAUCCAGCCGGCAACCAAUUCCUGAGGCCUCUUUCCAGAACAAGCCAGCUAGUCCAGAUAUAUCAUUCAGGAAUGAUGCUGAAUUUUCCACCUUGAUUGAAGACAAUCAGAAGGAUGUAGAUGAUUUAAGCAAACGUAGGAAGAAAGAACCUGAAUUGACUGUCAAAUCUGCCCUUUCUGCAGCUUUUGCCAAAUAUUCUGACAGAGUUGGAAAGAGGAACAGCACUUCACAAGUGGAGGAGAGUGAAGAAUCAGUUGUUGUCAGAGAAUCAGAAGCUGAAAAAUAAAAUUAUUAUGAAGUUUUCACUGGUUGUUUAAUAAUAUUCGCUCAAGCAAGAUACAUCUCAUGAGACUUAUAUAGGCUUGAUUUAUAAUCUCAUCAACAGAACCCAAAGUACACUUAGGAGUGUGACUAAGAAAACAGCUCUGAUAAUUGAAGAGGUAGUUAGUUAGUAGCAAUAGAACAGCUGGACUGUUCUCAGCUUAACUGAAUUGGAAAGAAGGGGUGCCAUAGGGUAUAACUAGGAAUAGGGUGAAGAUUGGAUUUUGUUUUCAGUUGUUGAGAGAAGUUGGGAGGGAGAGUUAUUGCUCCCGAAUGCCCUCAGUUGAGGGAUAUUCUUGUCUUUGUACAAUACUUUAGAAAAAAUGGUAGAAUCUUGCCUUAAGUGGUUUGGGCAUGUAUGGAAAAGAUUGGUAGAAGCUCCAAUUAGGAGAGUAGAUCAGAUGGAUGGUAGCCUUAUCGCUGGAGAUAGAGGGUGAUUGAGAAAAAUUAUCGGGGAAACCAUCAAGAUGGAUUUUAGAGGUCAAUGUAUUGUCUAUGGACAUGAUUCACAAUAGAAUACUAGUGUCAUUUAAUCCAUCUAACUAAUCUAACUUAGUGAGAAAAAAGGCUUGCUUCUUGUUUCUGUACAUUCUGUCUAACCUCAUCUUGUUGAAUGUGAGAUCACAUUGAUGCAUAACUGUUUGGGAGGGGGGCGGGGAGCUUAGUGAAUAUAAAUUUCAAUUAUUCUCAUUACUUGCCUGUUUUCUGAACUAGUAUCUAUCAAACUCUUACUUUGGU